UUUUUUAGUGCUUGGGAGAUGGGAAGUAAUGAUAGCUGGCACCUGAACUAAAAUAUCUGUGUAGACGCUACCAUCCCAGAACUUCAGGAUGAAUGGGGAUAUGCCUCAUGUUCCCAUCACUACUCUUGCAGGGAUUGCUAGUCUUACAGACCUUUUGAACCAGCUGCCUCUUCCAUCACCUUUACCUGCUACAACAACAAAAAGCCUACUUUUCAAUGGACGGAUAGCUGAAGAGGUGAACUGCCUUCUGGCAUGCAGGGAUGAAAAUCUUGUUUCACAACUCAUCCACAGUCUCAAUCAGGUGUCAACAGAUCACAUAGAAUUGAAAGAUAACCUUGGCAGUGAUGAUCCAGAGGGAGAUAUACCAGUCUUGCUUCAGGCUAUCCUGGCAAGGAAUCCUAAUGUUUUCAGGGAGAAAAGCAUGCAAAGCAGAUAUGGGGUACAAAGCGUAUAUCCCAUCUCUGCUAAGGGUUUCACUGCAGUUCCAAGUCUUGUUAAAGAGGACUCAGAAUGA